AUGUCGCGACGAGACAGUCGGGAUUCCGACUCAAGACGACAUCGUUCCAGAUUUGACAGAGAACCCAGUCCUAAGAGGUCUAGGAGGGAUGGAAAAGACGAAAAAGAGAGAGUCACCAGCAAAAGUAAUUCGGAAAGUGCAAAGCAGUCUGACCAGGAUCAAAAGCACCAGCCCAGGCUGCAAGAUACAUUGCCACUUGAAUCCCCAUUAGCAACUGACUCGAAGGUUGAAAAGGGGGCAUCCAGAAAAGAGUCUGAUAAGAAACCCAGUGGACAUCUAGAAGGAACCAAACUCUCUUCUGAUCCAACUGAUGUACCCCGGUCACGAUCUUAUUUUCAGCACGAUGAGCGUGGUAAUGCCAGGCAAGUUGAUCGAAGCUCUCGUCGUGGUUCAGCUGCCGAACGUGGAUCGUGGAGGGAUUCCAAGGAUAGGUAUGAUGAUAGGACAGUGAGCAAGACAACAACUAAUGAUUCACGGCCAAAAAAUGAGAAACCCAAGGGGGAUGAAAACAGGACCUGGCGCCAUAAUGGGUUCUUUGAAAUGGAGGCUAAUCCACCACCGGAAAGGAAAAGACCUGCAUUCAGGGAGAAGAAGAUUCCACUGGAGUCUGAAAAUGGUGACAAAACAACUGCAGAGAUUGCAAAGUCAAACCAUCCUGAUGCAGAAGGAAGUAGAAAAAGGGAGGAAAGAGGCAACAACCCACGCCACUUGGAUAGAUCUGAGAAGCAAUUUACAGGAGAGAGGUUGCCUUACAGGGGAGAGGCACAGCAGGGUUCCUUUCCUUCGAGAGAAAGGUACACUGAUGGUGCCGGCCGCAACUAUAGAGGAAGAGAUAGAUUCAGUGGGAGACAAGGGUUUCAAUCUAGUGGUGGUCGCGGUGAGAAAUGGAAGCAUGAUUUAUAUCAUGAGGCCAACAGGAGCCCAACACCGAAAAAUGAAGAGGAUCAAAUUGCAAAGGUGGAAACACUUUUGGCUUCAUAG